AAUCCAAAGGGUAGUAGUGAAGUUGGAGUUAGUCCAUUUUGUGAAGGGGUAAAGUAGGAAGAAGAAGAAGAAGUUACAAAAAAAAAAAAAAAAAAAGUAGGAAGAAGAAGAAGAAGCGUAAGGGCACCCAACAUAACACAACACAGCAAAAUGGCCAUGAUGGAUGGUGGCAACAACGUUGAGGAGUUGGCGGUGGGGUGCUUGCUGUCGAUUAGGACAACCUUGGGCGACGAAUUUGAAGGUCAAGUUGUCACCUUUGAUCGCCCCUCCAACAUCCUCGUACUCCAAGAACGUUCCAAACCUGGCCCUCGUCGAAACAUUCGCUUGUUGAAGGCUAAUUACAUCAAAGACUUCACCUUUUUAGGUCAACACGAUGACCCACUUGAUCCUACCAACUGUUUCCUUGACCUCACUGCUCUUCAAGCAAGGGAAGAACUUGCCAUUAGACAAGCAGAAGCAGAGGCUGAGAGGAUUGGGGUUGGUGUUACCAGCGAGGCACAGAGCAUCUUUGAUGCUUUAUCUAAGACGCUUCCAGUCCGCUGGGACAAGACUGUCAUUGUUGUCAUGAAUGAGGUGCGUGUUAGCAGUCCUUAUCACCCUGAAUCUGUGAUUGGAGGUACUCCUGCUGCAAAUGAGCGGGUGAAGAAAGUGCUAGAGUUAGAGAGGAAGAGGUUGCAAAUGCGCAGUUCCGGUGGUCAGUAAAGUUACACAUUUGCAUGUUAUGAUCAGGAAAGCACCUCCAAGGAAGAAAAAUGAUGGGUAUGUUGCUUGUAGCAAAACCCCAUAGAAGAGGGUUUUUCAAGGCAUAUUUCUGACUUCAGAUAUCUUUUGAUUAUCUGUAGUCUUGAGCUCUCAAGUUCUGUCUUGCUUAUCGAGUUCAUUUGAGGUUUUUCCUCCAGAUACUUAAGGGUGAAUGCUGAAGCAUAUAAUUUAUGGUGUGUUAGACUUGGAACCCAAAUAGAUGACUGGGUUUAUAUAAUUGGUGGGUUUGUCAUUGGGAUGAUCAACCAAUUUGCAAUGAGCCAACAUGAACUCAAAAUGAGUUUAAUUUAUUCCUUAUAUAACAAAGCAAAUGCUUUAGACAAAUCGAGCUAACAUUUCUGCCUGAAGCUUUCUAGUUUUGUUUA